AUGAGCUCAGAUAGCAAGCUGACAAACCCAGACGGAUACGACAAGGUGAUAUCAGCAGAACUUCCUAACAAGGACAAGUACCCUAUAUUGCAUGCUCUGGUGGUCAAACACAUGCUCCAUGGACCAUGUGGUGCUCUUAGGAAAAAUUGUCCUUGCAUGAUAGAUGGUGAAUGUCGAUUUCGCUAUCCUCGGCAGUUUUGUGAUGCUACACAGCAAGGAAAGGACUCAUAUCCUAUCUAUAGGAGGAGGCAUGAUGGUCAUCAAGUGAAGGUCAGAGGAGCAGAGUUGGAUAAUAGAUGGGUUGUGCCAUACAACCCUGGUCUACUUAUGCGGUAUAAUUGUCACAUCAAUGUUGAAGCUUGCUCUAGCAUCAAGGCAGUGAAAUAUUUAUUCAAGUACAUCUAUAAAGGACAUGAUCGUGCCUCAUUCUCGGUCGAUCCAGCGGUACAGAAUGAUGGUGAAGUAAUCAAUGAGAUUAAACAGUACAGGGAUGCUAGGUUCGUGGGGCCACAGGAGUCUAUCACCAGGAUUUGCGGUUUCCCAAUGUUUAGUGUCUCUCCCUCUGUUCUCCAACUUCAAUUGCAUUUGGAAGAUAUGCAGCCUAUCACAUUCAAAGAGGGCGAUAAUCUAGAUGACGUCAUCAAUCGGCCCUCUUCUUCCAGUACCAUGCUCACUGAAUUUUUCAAGACGAACCUGGUGGAUCCUUAUGCGAGGAACUUCUUGUACAAAGAGUUCCCAGAAUUCUACCGGUGGAUCAAGGGUAAGAAGAAGUGGCAAAGAAGAAAAUUAAGGGGGCGGGGACAGAUUGGAAGAAUUGUCUAUGCACAUCCUGCUGAAGGUGAGAGGUACUUCCUUAGAGUGCUCAUGAAUCAUGUCAAAGGUGCAACAUCAUUUGAGGAUUUGAAAAGUGUAAAUGGCAGGAGGUGCUCGAAUUUUAGAGAAUCAUGUGAGCGAAGAGGUCUCAUAGAGACCGACAAGUCACUUGAUGAUUGCUUGACCAAGGCAGCUACUUUCCAAAUACCGUAUGCUCUAAGAAGGCUUUUUGCAACUAUUCUGGUUUUCUGCGAGGUCACCCAAAUCCGAUCACUGUGGGAGAAGCACCUUGAGUCAAUGUCUGAGGACUACCGUCGUAACCAGCCCAACCAGGCCGCAGUAGAGCAGAUGGUCCUUAGAGACAUUAGGGAUCUGGUGCAUUCCAUGGGAAAAGAUAUUAGCAGUUAUGGACUCCCGGAUUUGGAUCUACUGGAUGAUGAGUGUUCCAAUGGAGAUUCCAGAGAGGUACAAGAGGAGUUGUCAGUUACUUUUGACAAAGAAGACAUAAACAUGUUUACAUCUCUUAACAAAGAGCAGCGUGCUGGUUUUGAUGAAAUCCUCUCUCAUGUUCUCAACAGAAGGAGCCAGAUUUUUUUUGUUGAUGGUCCGGGUGGCACGGGGAAGACAUAUCUAUACAAAGCACUCCUUGCAAAGGUCCGUUCCCUAGGUCAAAUAGCUAUUGCUACAGCUACAUCUGGCAUAGCGGCAUCGAUCAUGCCUGGUGGGCGCACCGCCCAUUCCAGGUUUAAAAUUCCGAUUAGGCUCACAGAUAGCAGCACAUGCAAUUUCACUUCACCAAGCAGAGUGGUACCGUAA